AUGGUGGUGCUGCGUCUCAUUGGUGAUGAAUGGUCGUGGGAGGAUCGCAUUGCCCUUGCGAUGCCGCCGCAGAAAACCUUCACGAUGUGUAUUCCGCUGCUUGUCUCCAAACUCGGUGUAGAGAAGUGGAGCGGCCUCACACUUUACCGAACGGAGGGGCGGCCGCCAAAGUACUGUCGCCCAACAGUCCCAUUGGAUAUGGCGAGCAGUCCGCAGAAGGAACGAUUACGGGACGGCACAGUAAUGUGGGUGCGUGCGGCUCCCUCACUUGUUCAGCAGGAGCGGGAACGUGUCUUUCAAUCCUCUCUUGAGGACUGGCGAAAGAAGAAUGGACUUUCAGGCAUAUCGGAUGAUGGUAGUGACGUUAAGCGGUUUAUCGAAGAAUUGAGUUCACACUUAAAUAAGGCAGACGCCAAAGAUUUGAAUGAACAGGAGCAGGAAGCACGAAAUACAAUAGAGGGUGAGGAACAUCGCUGGUUUGCUCAUAUAAUUUAUUCACGACGUACAAUGGUGGAAAUGGAGUCAGAGGAACAGAAAUGCAGGCAAAACUUGGAGGAGGAAUAUUCUACUAUGGCCAAACAGUAUUACCGAAGUUUUUUAUUAUCUUUAUAUCGUGAAAAAAUUCAACAGUUAGAAGCACUAGAGAAAAAGGGUCGUCAUACAAUUCUUGAAGAAUAUGAUUCCACCACUAGGUUGCUCUACAAAAAGUUACAUGAAAAUCUUCAAGCGGUUGUAGCAAAAGAGUCUAAUCUGUUAAGUAAUUCAUCCUCGAAAAAGAAGAGUGAGGAGGAUAAUGAUAAAGGAGAGGAAGAAGAAAAAGGAAAAAAAAUGAAAGGUUCUAAUGAGAAUAUUCAAAAUACAGAGGAAAUAUUACUGAUGGUUCGUACAGAACUACAGAGAUUGCUAGAACCCGUGAAACAAAUGUAUUAUACGGGAUUAGAGGAUCUUAAAAAACAAAGGGAUCUUAUUAGUGAUCGUGCCGAGACCUUUCUCUCACAUUUACGAGAAUAUAUCGUUAAUGCACUUCGUUUUAUCCAUAAUGAGGCUUGGAGGUUAGGUGCAUCCAAACCAUUACCAGUAAUCUCACCUGCGGUAACAAAAACUAAAGAGUUAAAACUUGCCAUGGAGAGACAACAGCUUCUUCUUACACAAUUACUUGGGGAGUAUCAAAACCUAGAGUUGCAUGUUUCAGCUGAUUUGAAUGAAAUUAGCAUGAAGACAACGCUAGACGCCCUAUACGUAACGCAGCUAAACAUGUGUCGUUACCUUGACACCCUUCAUGAAGAAUUUAACGUAAAUGUUGCCUCAUCUCAUAAAGUAUUAGAGACAAGUGAGAAGUCAGAUAAAAAUCUUUCUCCAAUUCAAAAAGAAAUUAUAUGGAAAGAUAAAUCAGACUUAAAGCAAUCUACAUCUUUGACAAUAUCAAUUUCUACAAACAAUUAUCUUCAAUUAGGUGAAGAUGGAGUAUUAAGAUCUAUGAUUCAUAUUGAUACAUAUAAUAUUCUUUUGGCGUUUGUGUCACGCUAUAUGUUGCUGCCAAGAGAAGGAUAUAAUCAGAAUCUAGAGGAUGUGAAGAAUUUCAUUAACAAAUUGGUACUCCAGUGUGGAUCUGUUCAAGGUGUAGCAGAUGAACUUGUUUGGACUUAUCGCAUAGUCUCACAUCCUAUGCGAAAACGUUUUCUUCGUAUUACAGAAGUUGAAGCCCCACAUUUGUGUGCUGUGGUAGAUCUCAUGCUUCAUCUGUAUACGGGAAGUGAAGUGGAACUCUUGUUGUGGAUAAAACCAGAGUUGACUAAACAAGGUAUUUUUACAAAAUGUGUUGAUGAUAAUGGUGUUGCGUAUUAUUAUCAUAGCGCUGCUGACAUGAGUCAAUGGGUACAACCUACCAGUAUAUCGGUUAAGUGA